CGGGGGGCCAGAGCGGUGGGUGUUGGGUGCGGGGGGUCACCCAGCACCCCUGGGCGCCGUGGAUACCCGCAGCCCGGCGCUGAAGGGGUUACAGUGUCGGGGUGCGGGUGUCCCUCGGGGUGUCCCCGGUGCCGAGCAGAGCGGGCAGGAUGGUCCCAGGGAGCGCAGGGGCCGAGCCACCCCCCGGCUGGUAUCUCCGGGACGAGGGCACCGGGACGCUCUACAAGCGGGGACGGCUCCUGGGAGAGGGCACCUUCGGCCGCUGCUACCAGGUGACAGAGGUGACCAGUGGCCGGCUCUACGCGGCGAAGGUGAUCCCGAGAGCCCGGCUCGCUGCCGUGGGCAUCGGGGACAGGGUGAGUCCGGCGGGACACUCCCCGGGGAGGGGACAGUGCCCGGGGGGUCCCCGCGCAGCCCCGCCCGCGCCUCUCCCCGCGUGUCUGGGUGGGUUCCCGUCCCCGCGGGGCGCGCACCGGGGGUCCCCGCUCCACGAGGGUCCCCCCGGGGCUGCCGGGCUGCUGUCGGUGCAGGUGGAGAGGGAGCGGGAGCUGCAGUGUCGCCUGCGCCACCCGCACAUCGUGCGCCUGCACGGGCACUUCACGGACCGCGGCCACUUCUACCUGCUGCUGGAGCUCUGCAGCCGGGGGUCCCUCGCCGACAUCCUGCGGGCGCGGGGCCGCCUGACGGAGCCGGAGGUGCGGUACUACCUGCGGCAGCUGCUCUCGGGGCUGCGGUACCUGCACGGCCACGGCCUCGUGCACCGGGACCUCAAACCGAGUAACUUCUUGGUGACGGAGCGGAUGCGGGUGAAGAUCGGGGACCUGGGGCUGGCUCAGCGGGCGGCCCCGCCCGGGCGGCGCUGGGGGGCACUCUGUGGGACACCCAGUUACCUGGCCCCGGAGGUGCUGGACCGCAGGGGACACGCGGCACCCGCAGAUAUCUGGGCACUGGGGUGUGCCGUGUACACGGCGCUGACCGGCCACGCCCCGUUCGAGGCUCGCCACCGGCCGGAGCUGUUCCGGCGCAUCCGGAGCGCUCGGUACCCGCUGCCCCCCGGGCUCUCCCCCCGUGCCCGCGCUCUCAUCGCACACAUGCUGCAGCCCGAGCCCGCGGCACGGCCCGGCCCGGCCCGGCUGCUGUGCCAUCCCUUCCUCACGCAGGUGCGGGACUGGGCCACACGGGGGACACGCGGGACACCGAGGGACACGCGGGGGUCACUGCCUGUCGCUCCCCAGGGUUUCACACCCCACACGCUGCCACCCCGCGCCUGCCACUCCGUGCCCAUCUUCGUGGGACAGGAGCCCCUCUGCUGGAUCCUGCGGGGGUGUGGCUGUGUCCCUGUCACCCCUGCGGGUGGCCGUGCUCCUCCCCAAAGGACCUGAGCCCGAACAUCCGCGGAGGAAAACCUUUAUUAUUAGUGCUGGGAACCGUCUAAAAUCCAGUCAUGGAAACAAGCGGGGGUGGGACGUGACCAGUACGAACGGCAGACACACACACACACACCCACACCCACCCAGUUUGCCCUUUAAAACUGUUAACGGGAAAAAACAACCCCGAAAAACAAACCCCGAAAUAAAAAGGAGCUCUCUUC